CUUUAUUUAAUUGCACUAUGGCUUUUGUUUUUUCAUUUAUUAACAUGAGUCUUGAGCUAAUUGUUUUAACAAUAUCUAUAAUUCAAUAUAAUGUCAUCUCUGUAGAUAGUAAAAUUACUAAAACGGCAUACUUUAAUUAUUUAACUGAAGUAGUAGAUCAUAUUUGUAUUCAAAAUGGAUGGAAGUCUAUGGAUAACUUAAACUUAAGUUACUUUACUUUGGAUUCGAUUGGAAUUUCGAGUGUUUCAAAUUUAGUGACACAAAAUUUCAAAAGAUCGGAUAAUCUAAGUACAUUUUACAAUAUUGUUCAUAUUUUAAACUAUAGGUAUAACGAAAUACUUUUAAUAUUCGUGGAAUUGUUAAAUAUUGUUAUUGAUGAAUGUUUAAAUUAUUAUGGUGCUGAACUCUUGAUAAAUUUUACUGACUGUUCAUUUUUACUUGGAAAAGCAAUAAAAAAUUCAUUGACAAUGUUUGAAAGUUUAUACAAUGCAUUGAUAUUUAUAAGUUAUAUUGACUUAAACUUAAGAAACAAUAAAAUUGUCAAUUUCGAGUUAGAAUGUAACCCGUUCAUUACAGUUGAUAACAUUUAUGAGUUAAAAAACCACAAAUAUUUUAAAAAAAUUCAGAACGAGGAUCAUUAUAAUAAUCUUCUCGAUAUUAAAGAGUUCAUUGGUGAUGUAUCUAAAUUUGCAAAUGAUUUUUUCGAGAAAAAUAAAUUUAUAAUGGAUAAUUUUAAGAAAUUUAAUUUCAAAGCUAUAUACGAAAAAGUAUACAUGUCACACGCUGAAGAUUUUCUAAGUUUUGUUUCUUUUAUGUAUAAUAAGAUCAAUUCGUUCUACACAGAAGCCAUUAUGAAUAAUUACGAAAAUUUUGGAUUUGUUCAGUUGAUAAAUCCAACAGAUAGUAAAUUUAUACCACCUAAAGAUAAAACUAUCGAUCAAGAUUGUGGAAUCACAAUACUUAAUACUCUACUUAUUCAAGGUAAUUGGGAUUCAUGUAGACACGUAAAUAUACAAUAUGAUGAUUUAAAAAUAAGUGCCAAACGUGUUAUAAGAGACUUGACAACAGAUCAUAAUUUUCAUCUUAAGAAACAUUACUUUACACAAAUGGUGAGGUGCAGAUUUUUUGAAGUACUUUUAAAUUACAAUACAUUGUUAAGUGCUUUAAAACAACUGUGUAUAACUUUAAAAAACGAAAAUAAUUAUGUAAAAUGUGUAACAUGUCUUUUUGACGCAAUUAAUGAUACAGUGACAAUGUUCGACUUUAUGCUGACAAUUAUAGAAAAAAUAAAACUAUCAUCAAUUUGGCAACCCAAUAAAUCAUAUUCUGAUUUACAAUCAACUCAUAAAUUGAUAUUAGAUUACGUAUUUAAUCUUAAAGUUUUUAAUGUAGUACGAGAAAAGUUUAUUUACACACCUGAAGUAAACACUGAGGUAUUAGCUGCGGAUUACAUUCAAAAUUAUAAAAAAGCAAGACGUGUAUUUUCCAAGAACUUACAAACUUCAAAACAUCCAAAAAACAAUCGCUGUUAUAUAGAUGACUUUAUAGUAAAUAAAGAAAGUAUAGUAUUUAAAUUUCAAGAUAUUGCAAAUGACAGGUCAAGUGAAACACAUAUCACUGAGUAUGAACUAAUUACAAAAUUUUUAAAUAACUUUUGUAGAAGUUUUAUUCAAAAUGAUUAUGUAAAUACUGGUUUUGAUAAAAUAUAUCAAAACUAUUUUUGGAAAUGGACAUAGUCCAUAUUAGUUCAUUUUUUCAGACAGCAUGAACAUAAUUAUUAUCGUUAAAAAAAGAACCUUGAUUACAAUAUCAUUUUGAGAUAUGCGUAACAUUUAUUUUAAUUUAUAAUAUGAUGUAUUUAAUUGUAGAUUUAUGUCAUCCAUUAUGAAUUUAUAGAAUCACCAAAAUAUAGGAUUUCCUUAUUUAAAAUAUAAAAUAACCAAUUAACUAUAAGAUAAAAUCUAAGUACUUACAAUUUAAAGUAACCCCUAUAUGUAAAGACUCAAUAAUGUCCUGUCAUUUACAUUUAACAAAUUAUUGAGAUAUCCAAUAUCCAAGAUCGCGCUAGGUUUCUAGACAACCUCCUCUGACAACAAAACUCCAUUUUUUUAUAUUAAAACAUGUUCUUCGGUAAUUUAAAAAUACUCAGGAUCUACUCUGCUCUAAUCAAGUUUCUUACACUAUAGUACUUAGUUUUUUUUUAAAAUUUAAUUUGGAUUUCAAAUAUUUUUAAAUUAAUUUUGUUUUGGAAAAUCUUAUAAUUUAAGUUUACUUGUUCAUUAAAUAAUAAUGUUUUAUUUUUAUAAUAUUUGAAAUAAAUAUCAAUUAAAAUUUACUACAACAUCAAACUUUUUUUUAAGUUUUUUAAUUUUUACAAUAAAUCCAAUCAACUUUAAUUAUUCCUUUAACAGUAAAUAUAAAUUGUGUACUUUUUUAAUUGUAUAGCUAGUCUCGUAGCUAACGUAUUUGUACUAAAGAAUGUGGCGCCGGCAAACAACAUUGAGAAACUUAUGGAAAUAUUUUUAUAGUGUUUAAUUUUUGACUUGGUAGUUCUUGAGUCACAUCUUUUCAAGGUGUCCUCGCCGGGACACAUAGCGCCAUUACAAUAGUACUAUGAUAAAAUUUUUACUUAAAUAUAAAUAUUUUUGAAUCUUAUUUUAGCCAGGCCAGACGAAGCUUAUAUAAUAUUUUAUAUUCAUUUUAAACAACAUUUUGUUAAAUAAUUAUUCU